CUUUCCACCAUUUAUGAGCUGCUACUUCCCUCAAAAGCACCCCUUCACUUUCUCCCACUUUACAUAUAAUCCUUUUUAAUAUUUUUGUUAGAAAAAAUUAUUUUCCUUUUCUAUUUAGACAUACCAAACCAACUGAAGUUUAUUUUAUUUUAUUUUAUUGUCUUUAAUUGAAAAUUGAAAAUUAGUCAUUAAUGUUGGUUGGUUUUUUGUACAGUAAUGAGUCAAAAUAUUGAGAUUAGUAGGGCAAAUUGGACUGACCCCAUCCAAAGAAAGCACUUUAUUGAUCUUUGUCUUCAAGAGGCAAACAAAGGCUUUAGAUCAGGUGGAGGUUUAAAGUCUAGUGCUUGGCCUCGAAUUGCUGAAGAGUUGGAGAAGUUACUUGGAAAACGUUAUACUUCAAAACAACUUAAGAAUGGGUGGGAUUACAUGAAAAGACAAUAUCUCAUUUGGAGUAAAAUGAUGACUAUGACAGGACAUGGUUACAACUCUGUAACCAAAACUUUUGAUUGGCCAGCUGAAAAAUGGGAAGAAUAUCUACAGAAAUAUCCAGAAGCUAAACAAUUCCGUUUUAAACCAUUAGCAAAUGUGGAAGAAUUAGAGGCAUUGUUUGAAGGAGUGUUAGCUACUGGGUCUAAAAAUUGGAGCUCUGGGGGAGUGAUGGCUUCUGGGGCUGAGGAAUCAUCAACACAUUCUACAUCUAUGCCUAGCGAAACUUCAAUUAGUUUAGAAGAAGAUGAGGAUUUGCCAAGAAAUACUAAUGAUGAAGCAGAAGGUUCUAAGAAAAAACAGAAGAAAGGAAAGAAAGAGCAAACUCAAGAAGAAAUGAAUAGAAUAGUGAAUGUGUUGGAGAAUUUUGAAGGACCCACAGUCAAAGAAUGCAUGAAGAUUUUGAAGAGGCUUUUGACUUAUGAGGAUCCAUUAUACUAUGUAGCAAUUAAUGCAUUCUGCAAGAAGAAAGAGUACAGAGAGGUGUGGAUGGAGAUGGAAAGUGAUGAAGAGCGAAUGGGAUGGAUUCAAAGCUUGCGAAAAUAACUUUUUAAAUAUUUGUUUUAAAUUUGUGGAAUGCCUAGGGUAUAUGACUUAUAUGAUGAUUUUAAUUUGGUACUUUUGGUUUGUUUGUUUUGGAUAUUUGAUACAUUUAAACUUUUCCAAUUAUAAGACUUUCUCUCUACAUUUUAUGGA